ACCUUGCCCCUUGCUCCGCGCGCCGCCACGUGAUGCGGCCCCCCUCCAGCCAAUGAGUGCCGGCCUUGCCUCGCGCCCCGCCCCGCGCGCCGUGGCCGUUUGAAGUGACUAAUUUCUGUCAUAUGACUGAGGCGCCCAUGGGGGUGGCGGGGCGGCUGUAGGAGCAGGGGCCUAGCAAGCGCCCAGCGGAGCGACCCCUGCCUGGCCGUGGCUAGCAUGGCCCCUACGCUGUUCCAGAAGCUCUUCAGCAAGAGGACAGGGCUGGGCGCGCCCGGCCGCGACGCCCGGGACCCAGAUUGCGGGUUCAGUUGGCCUUUACCAGAGUUUGAUCCAAGCCAGAUUCGACUGAUUGUAUAUCAAGACUGUGAAAGACGAGGGAGAAAUGUUUUGUUUGACUCCAGUGUUAAGAGAAAAAAUGAGGACAUAUCAGUAUCGAAACUCUGCAGUGAUGCUCAAGUUAAAGUCUUUGGGAAAUGCUGCCAACUGAAACCUGGAGGAGACAGUUCUUCCUCUUUAGAUAGUUCUGUGACUUCAUCUUCUGAUAUAAAAGACCAGUGUCUUAAGUACCAGGGUUCUCGGUGCUCUUCUGAUGCCAAUAUGCUUGGAGAGAUGAUGUUUGGCUCAGUAGCAAUGAGCUACAAAGGAUCCACCUUAAAAAUUCAUCAGAUUCGUUCCCCUCCACAGCUCAUGCUCAGCAAAGUGUUUACUGCUCGGACUGGCAGCAGUAUUUGUGGGAGUCUCAAUACGCUACAAGAUAGUCUUGAAUUCAUCAAUCAGGAAAAUAAUACAUUAAAGGCUGAUAAUAACACAGUUAUUAAUGGACUGCUUGGAAAUAUAGGUCUUUCACAGUUCUGCAGCCCCAGGCGGGCAUUCUCUGAGCAGGGUCCGCUCCGCCUGAUCAGGAGCGCCUCUUUCUUUGCAGUUCACAGCAACCCAAUGGACAUGCCUGGAAGAGAGCUUAAUGAGGACAGAGACAGUGGCAUAGCACGGUCUGCAUCUCUCAGCAGCUUGCUGAUCACUCCAUUUCCUUCCCCAAACUCCUCACUUACCCGAAGUUGUGCCAGCAGCUACCAGCGACGUUGGCGACGCAGCCAAACAACAAGUUUGGAAAAUGGGGUAUUUCCUAGAUGGUCUAUAGAAGAAAGCUUUAAUCUCUCAGAUGAAAGCUGUGGCCCUAACCCAGGAAUUGUGCGGAAAAAGAAGAUUGCAAUUGGGGUAAUCUUUUCAUUGUCCAAAGAUGAAGAUGAAAAUAACAAAUUUAAUGAAUUCUUUUUUUCACAUUUUCCUCUCUUUGAAAGCCACAUGAACAAAUUAAAGAGUGCAAUAGAACAGGCUAUGAAAAUGAGCCGGAGAUCAGCUGAUGCCAGUCAGAGAAGUUUGGCAUAUAAUCGAAUAGUUGAUGCCCUAAAUGAAUUCAGGACAACAAUUUGUAAUCUUUACACGAUGCCACGAAUUGGAGAACCUGUCUGGCUUACAAUGAUGUCGGGGACUCCAGAAAAGAACCACCUUUGCUAUCGUUUCAUGAAGGAGUUCACCUUUCUAAUGGAAAAUGCUUCCAAAAAUCAAUUCUUGCCAGCUCUCAUUACUGCAGUUCUGACCAAUCAUCUUGCCUGGGUUCCAACAGUCAUGCCAAAUGGACAACCACCUAUAAAAAUAUUUUUAGAAAAGCAUUCCUCUCAGAGUGUGGACAUGUUGGCAAAGACUCAUCCAUAUAACCCACUUUGGGCACAACUGGGAGACUUGUAUGGCGCUAUUGGCUCUCCCGUACGGUUAGCAAGGACUGUGGUAGUUGGCAAACGACAAGACAUGGUCCAGAGGCUACUUUAUUUUCUUACUUAUUUUAUAAGAUGCUCUGAACUUCAAGAAACGCAUCUUUUAGAAAAUGGAGAAGAUGAAGCCAUCGUUAUGCCAGGCACAGUAAUUACUACCACUUUAGAGAAAGGUGAAAUAGAAGAAUCAGAGUAUGUCCUUGUCACAAUGCAUAGAAACAAAAGCAGUUUGCUCUUUAAAGAGUCAGAAGAAAUAAGAACUCCCAAUUGUAACUGUAAAUAUUGCAGUCAUCCACUCCUUGGGCAAAAUGUAGAGAACAUUUCACAACAAGAGAGAGAAGAUAUUCAAAACAGCUCUAAGGAACUGCUAGGAAUUUCAGAUGAGUGCCGGAUGAUUUCUCCUUCUGACUGCCAAGAAGAAAAUGCUGUUGAUGUUAAACAGUACAGAGAUAAGUUAAGAACUUGCCUUGACGCCAAGUUAGAGACAGUUGUUUGCACAGGAUCUGUUCCAGUAGACAAAUGUGCAUUGUCAGAGUCAGGCUUAGAGCCAACAGAGGAAACAUGGCAGAGUGAGAAGUUGCUGGAUUCAGACAGUCACACAGGCAAAGCAAUGAGAUCCACAGGAAUGGUUGUGGAAAAAAAACCUCCAGAUAAGAUUGUGCCUGUUUCAUUUUCUUGUGAGGCUGCCCAGACAAAGGUUACUUUCCUGAUUGGGGAUUCUAUGUCACCUGAUUCAGAUACUGAGCUUCGAAGUCAGGCAGUGGUGGAUCAGAUUACCAGACAUCACACCAAACCAUUGAAGGAAGAAAGAGGGGCUAUUGAUCAGCAUCAAGAAACUAAACAAACAGCCAAGGACCAAUCUGGAGAGUCUGAUACACAGAACAUGGUUUCUGAAGAGCCCUGUGAACUUCCCUGUUGGAAUCAUUCAGACCCAGAAAGCAUGAGCUUAUUCGACGAAUAUUUUAAUGAUGAUUCAAUCGAAACCAGGACUAUUGAUGAUGUUCCAUUUAAAACAAGUACAGAUAGUAAAGACCAUUGCUGUAUGUUAGAGUUUUCAAAAAUAUUGUGUACAAAAAAUAACAAGCAGAACAAUGAAUUUUGUAAAUGUAUAGAAACAGUUCCCCAAGAUUCAUGUAAAACCUGCUUUCCUCAGCAGGACCAAAGAGAUACACUCUCCAUUCUUGUCCCCCAUGGGGAUAAAGAGAGUUCAGAUAAAAAAAUUGCUGUAGGAACUGAAUGGGACAUUCCAAGAAAUGAAAGUUCAGACAGUGCCCUUGGGGAUAGUGAAAGUGAAGAUACAGGUCAUGAUAUGACUAGACAAGUUAGCAGUUAUUAUGGAGGAGAGCAAGAAGAUUGGGCAGAAGAGGAUGAGAUACCUUUUCCUGGGUCAAAGUUAAUCGAAGUGAGUGCUGUUCAGCCCAACAUUGCCAACUUUGGGAGGUCCUUGCUGGGUGGCUACUGCUCAUCUUAUGUGCCUGACUUUGUUCUUCAAGGAAUUGGGAGUGAUGAGAGGUUCCGUCAGUGUCUGAUGUCAGAUUUAUCUCAUGCUGUGCAGCAUCCAGUUUUGGAUGAACCAAUAGCAGAAGCUGUCUGUAUUAUAGCUGACAUGGAUAAAUGGACUGUUCAAGUGGCCAGUAGCCAGAGACGAGUGACAGAUAAUAAAUUGGGAAAGGAAGUAUUGGUUUCCAGUCUUGUUUCCAAUCUGCUUCAUUCCACACUUCAGCUUUAUAAGCAUAACUUGUCUCCAAAUUUUUGUGUAAUGCAUCUUGAAGACCGGUUGCAGGAGCUAUACUUCAAAAGUAAAAUGCUGUCUGAAUACCUGAGGGGGCAGAUGCGUGUUCAUGUCAAGGAGCUGGGAGUGGUUCUGGGGAUUGAAUCCAGUGAUCUUCCACUUCUGGCUGCUGUAGCAAGCACUCACUCUCCAUAUGUUGCACAAAUACUCCUUUAAUAUACCUAAAAAUUGUUAGAAAUUGGUGGGAAAAUAAGUAGAAACCAAGGAAGCAGACACAACAUGCAUUUAUGGAGAUUCUUUUUCCCUUUUAGACUUCCAUCUGAAUGAAUCAGUCACCAGGGUAUUCUGCAUAGCAUUGUAUAUUCUGUGUAUGUCAGAUGGCUUUUUCUUUUUGACUGGACUUUUGGGUGGUGGUAGAUUUUUAAACAAAUGAAAUUAAAGCAACAAUAAUUUUGAAGCAUUUGAAAAAGCCAAAGUAUACGGUAGAAAUUUCUACAAAAUGAAUAUUAUCAAGAGUUUCAUGUGAUCACUGCAGUGUUGUCACAACUCAUAAAUAGCAACAAUGUCUCAUGAUUUAAUGGCUCAGAAAGUUAUUCAUUAGUUUUUAAUUUUUAAUUUCUAAGGUACAGAGAUCUAUAAAACCUUGAUUAUUCGUUAGUUUUGCAAUUCAAAACAGCUAAUGUCUGGUUUUUUCUCAAAGUAAGUAUUUUAAACAGCCUGUUAAUUAUAAGAAACUCAGAAUAAUGAGUGUAAAUGUGUUAUGUUAUCCACCCAAGUGUACAUAUGUACCUAUUUUUUUUAAAAAGCAGAAAUAGAAAUACAAGAUUGGUAAACAUGCCUUUAAAAAAUAUAUAUUUUCAACUAGUAUUGUCUAUAAUGCUGAAAUAUUACUUAUUGGUGACUUUUCUGUUUCACACACUCUAAAAUAUAAGUAAAGCCAACCUUUUUUUUUAAGGCUGAGAUUCCCAAAAUGAGAAUACUACUUUAUACCAUUUGUUUAUAAGUAUGAACUGUUCUUAUAAAUAUUAAUAUUUACAUAUUCACUAAUUUAACAUAAAUGAAAAUUAGGAUUAAAAAUUGCACCAAAGCAUCGGCAAAAACAAUACUAUAUUCUUUAAAAGUGCUCAGGUAGCCAAGGCCCUUGCUUUUGGUAUCAACCCUCAUGAACCCAUAGGAGCUGAAUAUUUGUUUCACUGCUUAAUAAUCCUCUAUUUACACUAUUCAUAACUCUUAAAAUUAUUCUCUUUUUUUCUAAGAGCCCCUCCCUUCCAAAAGUGUAUUUUUUUCAAAGAUUUUCACUUCUCAAUUGUUGCCUUUGUACAUACUAUAGAGUGUUGCUUGUAAGAAAGGCUAAUAUGGAACCAAACUCUUGUAAGUAAUGUAAAUAGAAAGGUGGGUGGAUAAAGUUUUCAAUACUUUCUACUACCUCAGUUUACUUGAGUACUACAUUAUAGUUUAUUUUUUGCUUAUCUGGUCUAAGAGACUUUUAAUGCUAGUAGUAAAGUUGGUUUCUGCUUUCAUUGACUAUUUUCAUCAUAAUUUCAUCAUUGAUUAAAAAAACCACUUGUUUAUUCAGUUAUUAAAUAUAUUUACUAUAUAACACAUCCAUUCUUGCUGUUUAAAUUUUCAAUAGUUAAUGGAAAGUUGUCUUUGACCUUGAAUUUACAGCAUUGGGUCACAUUUUGCCUUCCUGUGUAUGUAUUCAAGAGACUUCCAACUAGACAAAGAAAAAAUUGUUGUUUUAAUGGAAUGUAAACCUGAAAUUGGUGUGUCUGCAAUCUGUUUGGCCCAUGACCUUUUACCUAGUCCCAGUUAUUACCUGAGUCUCCCAUGGAUGACUUGCUGCCAAGGAGUGUUUAUGGAUAUAUUUUCUUUGGCUUAAUUUUCUUAUUCUGUGCAUUAACAAAAUUAUCCAGUUGUCUGAUUUUGGAAUUCUAUGAGUCAAUCUUUUUGGCAGAAUUCAGAAUAUUAAAAAGUUCAUACAUUUGCGGGCCAUUGUACCUUUUUUUUUUUUUUGACGGAGUUUCACUCUUGUUACCCAGGCUGGAGUGCAAUGGUGCGAUCUCAGCUCACUGCAACCUCCGCCUCCCAGGUUCAAGUGAUUCUCCUGCCUCAGCCUCCCAAGUAGCUGGGAUUACAAGUGUGCGCCACCACACCCAGCUAAUUUUUUAUUUUUAGUAGAGAUGAGAUUUCACCAUGUGUUGGUCAGGCUGGUCUUGAACUCCUGACCUCAAGUGGUCCACCUGCCUCGACCUCCCAAAGUACUGGGAUUACAGGCGUGAGCCACUGUGCCCAGCCUUGUACCUUUUUUUUUUUUUUAUUGUAGCUCUGUAUAGCACUUGGAUAAUGUCUGGGUGUUUCCUUAACCAUCAAACUGUUCUUUAUUUAAAAUGUUUAAUUACCGUUUAGAAAUUCUAGUCCUCAAUAAGUGGGUGGCUCAUGCUAUUGUUGUUCCUAAAGCUGAGCUUUGCUGGGAAGGAAAUGACCUAUAGUUUCUUAAAGAAUCAUUAAUCCUUAUAGGAUUCCUGAGUUACUGUUUUUUUCCUCCCCACUGCUUCCCAUUCCUGAGUUUUGUAAUUCCUAAUCCUUCUAUAAUUUCUAUUACCUUCAUCAUAGUCAUUCUUUCCUUACGCAAAGCCCAAGGAAUGAGCUGCUGCUACUUUAAAGUGUGGUCAUUAUGAUGAAUGUGAAAAGAGUUUUGGCUUGUUCUAAAUAAUUUUUACAAGUUAUGGUACAGACAAUUGUUACAUAUCAAAAAAAAACCUGUUUAUUGAAACAGGAAAUAAAAAAGGGAUCUUUUACAUUAUAGAAUUAAAACUAAUUUUUUCUUGUAUAUAAACUAAUUGGUUUGAUUUUAAAUAUUUCUGGCUUUUAUUAAUAUGUCUUAAUUUUGAGUUUGAAAAUGUUAAGUGCAAUAAAAACAUACUAGUACAGAUUUUGUUUUGUUCCAAUUGGCAUACUCUGGGGAUGAUCACUUAAAAAAACAGAUUUUACAUAAUGCCUACUUCUGGUAGAUGUCUUAUGAGAUUGUUCUGCUUUUUCUAAGUUACUUAGAUGUUGGAUAUGUACAUAGUUGUUUCUUGUUCUGUAUACAUUUCUCAAAUGUACACUUGUAUUAUAAUAACCUCCCAGUUCUAGGGGAUAUUUGUGCAAUAAAUACACAUGUCAACUUGA